UGAUAAUGCGCAAGACGUGAGCUUUCUAUGGCAUCCAACUUGUUUAUGUGAGUUCGCUGUGGAUACAGACUAUACCUUUGUUUAAUCACUGCCGGAUUACGUAUACGCUCUUCAAUUUUAAUGAAAAUUUGAUAGAAACCAUGGAUUUCUUGUUAUUCAAUUUGCCGGAAAUCAUGGAUAAUAAUUUUGUACAAAAACAGUUUUGCUAUCAAUGAUAUUCAUCAAUUUGUGUAAAAUAAUUAUAUAAAAUGUGCUUUCUACUAUCAUCAUAUUAUUUUCAGAUAAUGGUAAUUGUGAUAUGAUAAUUGUGCUGUUUUGAUAUUUUAUCUGAUUUUCUCCGCUAUUUCCUGCAACAUUAUGUAAGUAUAAUGUCGUUCAUUUUCACAGUAUGUUCAUAACAUAUCUACGUACUAUGCGCGAGUCUUUAUUGUUAAAACUGUCAAAAAUAAAAGCACUUACUGCAACAAUUGUAUAAACUGUAAGAAUAGGAUAAUAUUUUAAGAAAGUGUAGGAACAGAUAAACAGAACAGGUUUGUAGAAUCUGUAAAAUUAGAUUUUAAAACGUGAAAAAAGUAAUGGCAAGAAUUGCAGAAAAUACUUACAAAUGAAAUAGAUUUUAGCACUUAUGGAUAUGUUGAAAAUGCAAUUAACAGAGAUGUUGACUUUAUAUCAGACAAUAUCCAAUUUUAAAGAAAUUGUAUAGGAAAUUAACUUAUUAAGUACACAAGAAUCCUUUGAAAAUGCCAUCGAGACAAAAUCUAUUCAUGAUGUCGCCAGAGCUAAUACAAAAGAUUGAUUCGACAUCUAGUUUGACCGGUCCUGUUCACUCAUCAGAAAACAUUGUCUCAGUGUUAGAGAAAGCACUGGAUAGUAGCAAAGAAAUAAUUCUUGCAGAAGAAAGGCCACUGGAAAAUCCAAAUGAGCAUGUCAUUCAGCUGGAAAUGCCAUCUAUUGACACCGCUGAAGAACGUGAAGAGAUUCCUGAAAUCAGUGAAGAGGAAAAUGAAAUAGAAAAACCUGACGACUCUAAUGAGACCGACAAAGAAAGUAAUGGAGAGGAAAUCGGAUUAUUUGAAGUGUCUGUUGAUAUAUCUGAAACUCUUUCAGACGAUUCAAUAGUUUCUGAUGAAGAAAAUAAAAGAAGUUCAUUGACGUCACCAGGAGAUCGGAGAAGCUCACGCUGGAGUGCCACAGUUCUGUUUUUAGCAUCCGAAGUGCAGAUGAUGGUAAAUCUUGCACAUUUGUCACUCCCUGACGGCUAUGAAAUGGCUCCAAAAAAGAAUAACGGUUCUGGCGACGACGACGACGAGGAGGAAGAGGAAGAAGACGAAACAAUGCCGGAGAAAGACAGCGCCGUUGAGCUCCAGCCCAUUGAUUCUAGUACUACAGCACCGCUAACUGACACAGACAAUGAAAACAAAAACUAUCAUCAGAUGAAGCGAGUGGCUGAACAUUUAGCAAAGGAGUGUUCUAAUGGUGAAAUAUUUCAAAACGUGUGUGAUAACAAUGACUUACCCCCGCCUUAUGAAAAUUUAGACAAUGCUGAUAACCAUUCCUUGAUAAGCAAUAAAAGUGAUAAACCAAAUGAAGAUGAAGGUAAGGAAGAUGACCAAGAUAGGCAGAGUGACACUCGAUCCUUAGAUCGGCCGCCGCACGAGGAUUGGGGUCACAAGGCGGACUUUCUGUUAGCUGUGAUUGGCUACGCUGUAGAUCUGUCGAAUGUAUGGCGGUUUCCGUAUCUGUGUUAUAGAAACGGGGGAGGAGCAUUUAUAAUUCCAUAUUUCACGGUGUUGAUAUUUGGGGCGUUGCCAAUUUUCUUCAUGGAGCUAUGUCUGGGACAAUUCCAUCGUGAGGGACCAGUAACCGUCUGGAAAAUAGCACCUAUGUUUAAAGGUAUCGGGUACGCUUCGUGUUUCAUGGCUUAUCUAGUAGCAUUUUAUUACAACGUUGUGAUUGGCUGGGCUUUCUACUACCUGUUCUCCUCUUUUACAUUGGACCUACCCUGGAAAACCUGUGAUCAUGAAUGGAACAGUCCAAAUUGUUGGAAACUAAGGGAGGGACAGUUCAAUAUAUCGGCAAGCAAUGAUACGGAACAAUAUACCAACCACUCCGUCUCCUCGUCGUAUGAGUUUUUCGAGCGAGGAGUAUUGCGACUACAUUUGAGCCGUGGGUUGGAUCACCUCGGAUCGGUUCGCUGGGAGCUGGUUAUGUGCACGCUGCUCACAUUCAUCUGUCUCUAUUUCUCGCUGUGGAAAGGAGUUAAAAGUUCGGGCAAGGUAGUUUACGUUACUGCUACAGUACCAUAUCUUAUACUCACCAUUCUGCUGAUUCGAGGAUGUCUCCUACCCGGCGCUGUCGACGGAAUUAAGUAUUUCAUUACUCCUAACGUUGAAAGAUUAAACGACCCACAGGUAUGGAUAGAUGCCGCUGUACAGAUCAUGUUCUCAAUCGGUGCAGGGUUCGGCACACAUAUUGCUUAUGCUAGUCACAAUAAAUUUAACAAUAAUUGCUACCACGACUGUUUAUUUACGGCGGCAGUGAACAGUUUCACCAGUAUAUUUUCUGGUUUUGUUGUAUUCUCUUACCUCGGGUAUAUGGCCGACAGACAACAGAAAGACAUUGACCAGGUGGCUCAAGAAGGGCCUGGAUUAGUAUUUAUAGUUUACCCAGAAGCCAUUGCAACACUUCCUGGAUCAACAGCUUGGGCUAUCAUCUUUUUCCUCAUGUUGAUUACACUCGGGAUGGACAGUGCGUUUGGUGGAUUAGAGUCUCCGCUGACAGGACUGUCGGACAGCUUCUAUCGUAUGUUUAAAAACCGUUACUACCGAGAAGUAUUAACUUUGGUUGUCAUAGCAACAGCUUUCUUCUUCUCCAUUCCAUGUAAUACCUGGGGCGGAAUGUAUGUUUUCAAAAUUCUGGAUAAUUUUGCGGCCGGCACCAGUAUCGUAUUCACAGUACUAUGUCAAGUUGUGGCAGUCUCGUGGUUCUAUGGAAUUGACCAGUUUUGUAAAGACAUAGACAGAAUGAUUGGUCAUUCACCAGGAUUGUACUGGAGAAUAUGCUGGAAAUACAUUAGUCCUACAUUCCUUCUUAUUAUUGUAAUAUCAAGCAUUCUACAUUACUCGCCAUUGGUAUACCAAGGUGCAGCACAUAUAUAUGUGUAUCCUGAUUACGCCAAUGCGAUUGGUUGGUUGAUAGCGUGUGCGUCCAUGAGUAUUAUACCUUUGUAUGCCAUAUACUACAUAUUGAAGUCUAAGGGAACACUUAAAGAGAGGAUAUCCCUUGGUAUUUCUCCAAAGUGGGAGCAUAAAGAGAUAAAAGAAAAGCGAGAAGUCAAACGAUUUAAGAGACAGCAUUGGGUGUAUAUAUAAGCGAGAAAUAUACAGACUGGUCAAGGGAAACCUGUCGGACCGUCCUGCCAAACAGCAAAUCCAUGAGCAUUGAAAGGGACCAAGUUUUUUAGUGUUCCUUGUUGACCCAACUUUUAUUUGUUACCUGUACAUUUUUAUACACAUUUUUCUAAGUAUCAUGCUAAUUGAUUUUCACAAACUUUGUCAGGGAUUGAACUUUUCCAGAAAGAAAGCUUUCAAACAAACCCCUUUGUGAUCCAAAUUUUGGGAGCCUUAGCGGCCGAGUGGUUAAGGUCGCGGACUUCAAAUCAAUAGCACCUCUCCACUGUGGGUUCGAAACCUCGCCUAGUGUGUUUACAAGUGUUUUAUGUUAGGAAGCCGUCAAGCUGGCUUGGGAAUGUCGUUGACUUUACCAAAGUGCCCGCUUAUACAUGUCAUAAUUCUCGGAUGGGGCAUCUUGGGCAUCUCUCCAUCAUGUAGAGCUGGGAAGUCGGCAUAUGGCCUAUAAUUGCGUCAGUGUGAUGUGAAACCCAAAAACAUUAAUUUCGUCCGUAUAUGGAUGGUAUAAAUAAGGUUGUUUUGUUUGUUUUGCCAUUUCUGAAUAAUUCAUGAUCAAAUGAAGAAUACAAUACCGUGUUUGAUUCCUUAAUGUGAUUUUUUAUAUGUCAAAUGCUUCUAUAUCUGCUGUAUAAUUGUUACAUAUUUUUUGUGUUAUUAAUUUAAGUUUAUAAUGACCAAAGUUUAACGUAUAUAUGUGUCAGUUCGGAGCCCCUGUAUUAUACAUCUUUCCAUUCACAUAUUUCAUUCCCAUCUGUUUGUGAUUUGAGCUCUACUGGACCAAAGGCAAGUAAGAGCUUUAUGCGAUCAUGACUUGUCCGUCAGCCCGCCCGCCUGUCGUGAGAAAGACGUUAUUCACCAGUACUAUUGGUCGAAAUGUGCUGAAACAUCUAAAGCUGAUUACAUGGAUGGUAUUCUUUAAAAAAACUCUCGUUGACUUUGCAUCAAAAAGGAACAAUUAAAAACGCUCAUGUAAUGAAACAAUAAAGCGGUUGCUAAGGUAUUUAGUAUAUAACAUCGUGUAACAGAUCUGUGUCAAACUUAUAAAUACCAUGUCACUACAGUAAAAAAGUGGCGUUUCCAAGGGGGGUCACUUGUUUCACAUAUGAUCAGAUCUAGGAAAGCAUUUAAAAAGUUGAUGAACUUUAUCAAAAUAAUACAUGUCUUAACACUAAGGUUAUACAAGCCAAUAAUCCAGUAAAGCGUCGAGCUCUCGUCAGCCUCUUGUUCUGGCUUUUUGUUCAUUACAGUGCCGAUCGUAGUAAGUGUUUGAAUACCUUAGAUAUUUUACAUAAUUCAAAGUAUUUUAGAUUUGUGUGUAGCAUGAUAGCUUUGAUUUGUAAACAGUGUACAUGUAUGUAUGAGUGGAAGAAAGGGAUGCAUUGGAACCACUUAAUUACACCCGUACGUAACAAUACAUUGUCCUAUUUACAAUAUCUGCAGAUAUAAUUUUUUAUCAUAUACCUAUAUAAAUUCUGUAAAAUUAUCGGCUUGUAUUUCACAAUUAAAUAUAAACAGGCACAAAAAAAUCGUAUUGUAUCUUUUAAAUUCCGUAUUGUACCUUUUGUAUUGUAUGCUGCCGGACUACUUUCAUUAAUAUGCAUGACCUGACACAGUUCUAUAAAUAGCGCACAUAUAAAACUUCCCUUAGUUCCAUUUUAAUAUCGAUAAACAUUAAAGUUUUCGUUCAAUAACAAAACAACAAACAAAAAGGUAGAGGUACAUAAUAAAAGGGUCAUUAUAACAGUAGUUAGAUCUGGGAUUUUGUAUUCGGCUCUCGUGUCACUCUCGGCGCUUGCGCGCCUCGUGAGGUCCGAUCUGGCAAAAUUCCACUCGAGCCGAAAACAGUAUCCCAGAUCAAGCUACGGUUAUAACAACCCUAUUAUAUUUAGAGCUCCGUGGGUAACUUCCUUUUUCAUUUCCUUAAUCGGUAUAGCAGGGGUCGGAGAUUUUUAUAUAAUUGACAGCGUGCACAUGUUGUUAUGUUAUCAUACAAUAACAGUGUUUUGUGGUUUACUGCAGAGAUUUUCAAAUAUUGUAAAAUAUAUUUUAGAAGCGAGCCUCGGAGAUUUGAUUUAAAGGAAAUGGCAAAAUAAAACUCGCACGGAAAAAAACGGGAAAAGAGGCACCCAUUUUAAUGCGUAACUAUGAAAGAUACAGAUAUUAAUCACAUUGAAACACUAACAGAUAUUAACUUAUUAAGUUCACUUUUAAUAUAUUUAAGCAUUAUUGAAAAUAAUUUUCUACGUCAAAUCAAGGAAAUACUUGCAAAAAGAAUUCUCAAUUACACUAUUUUUUUCUCGAACCAGUGCACGAAAGCUGCUGUAUUUCCAGAAGACAUGUUCAGAGACUAGGUCAUUAGGUCAAGCUAAUCUGCAAAUACGCAGUGUAACCAUAUCACUGAAUGUGCAGUCAUUUCGACAGGAAUACAGUUAUUCCGUACUUUAUACCCGAGAAAAUUUCAUUUUGAACAUGCAUAUCUGGUAGGUGGGUGGUUGGGUGUAGGGGGUAGGGGAUGUGUGGAGGAGUAUGAAUCACUUUUAAUAGAAGCUCUCGCCACGUUUGUCAUCAAUGUAAAUUUUUGUCUAUUUUGAGCACAAAUUGCGUAAAGUAAGCUAUAUUUCAAACGAUAUCUCCUCCUAAAUUUCCGAGCCAAUUUCUACCAAAGUUCACAGGAAUGUUCCUUGGGUAGUCUCCUUUCAGGUUCCGCCAAGUCUAGGCAGUCCAUGCAGAAUUCCGGUUGCCUGUGCAGCCAAAAGAAAAAAAAAUAGAAAUCUUCUCCGCAGAUUUGGUAUGAACCUUUAAUUUGUAGAACAUGUCACUGUAUCUAAUAAUUUACUUGCUCUUAGUCAUUCAGCUCUUUAGAGACGCUGGAAACGUGAACGUGAAAAAUAUUUAGAUGCAAACAAAAUUGUCUUUAAUGACUACGUUUGGGAAAUGAAAGGUGUGGUCUUUGUUGACAGGUGGUCUCUCAACACAAGUAAACAUUAGAAAGAAUUAUGACCAGUGUAAGCAGGUGUUAUAGUUGAGACUUUUAUUCAGAGGUGGUCUUUAGCACAGGUUUAUUGUAUUGAAAAUUUACUCAUGUGUUCAGCAAUACACAUAUAAUCAUAUAUACUCUUUUUCUUUUUAAAACAGUCCUUUAUGGAUACAAAAAGGUAUAUGGAGUAUCUACGUACCCAACAUACCCCAUUUUCGUUCAGCAUUAAACAUAUAUGUAAAACUGAAAUUCACCGGCAAAUUUUUGUGCCAUAAGACCAGUCUCAGACUGCACUUUUGACUAUACUUGUAUUUAAAAAAAACAACGACUUUGAGAUGAUAUUUGUUUCUUAAACUUUGCGGUCUACAGCCCGAUUCCCUGGUCAUAUUUUUCAGAUUCCGGGAAAGUUACAGUGUGUUCCAAAACAAAACCAACGUCUGUCUAUCACAUGUAGCUUUAAAUAUGUCACCUGUACGUUUAUAAAUACCCAUUGUUUUGUCUUAUGAAUCCUCAAAACUGUUGUGUUUUAUGUCAUACAUGGCUUAGAGAUUAUAAAAUUGAAUUUGGAGACCAGUCUCUGAAUACAGUCUUGUCAUUGGUCAAUUUAAAAGUCGUGAUAGGAAACAACCAAUCGUAUGCUCGAGUUUAUAGACUGGUCUCAAAAUUCAUCUUUAUAACUCAGGGCCCUGAACUCUGUUGUAAUGUGACCAUUGUUGUACUUUAUCACAGAAGGAAACUAUGACAUAAUCUGUAUUAAAUGUUUAAAAUGUG